AUGGAUCGGAGAACGAAAGAAUUUUUGAUUAUGAUAAAGUAGAAAAUCCAGAAAAUCAACACAAAUAUGGAAAUUAUAUAUUCGAAAAUUCAGAAAUGAAUAGUAAUAAGUCAGUUCGUAACAACAAAGAUUAUUUAGAUUUAGAUAACUGCGACAAUAAAAGUGUCUAUGAUUUAACUCAAGAUAAUGAAAGUAUCUACGAUUUAACUCAAGAUAAUGAAAGUAUUUAUGAUUUAACUCAAGACGGUGAAAGUUCAUAUAAUCUAAGUCAAGAUAAUGAAAAUUUUUAUGAAUCAACUCAAGACAGCGAUUUAAUUCAAGGUGCUAGUUUAGCUACGAGUGAAAAUUAUGAUGAAGAAGUGGAUCUGUUUUAUGAAAAUGAAAUGGUCGAAUAUGAAAAUAUUUGGGACUAG